UUCAGAGAUGGGUGUUUUGUUGCAGAAUGAAGGGAUUUCUUCUGAGGCUUUCCAGGCUUUGAUUUUUUCUAGCUCCUCUCAUACUGGUUUCUGUGGCUCUAAAUCAAUGCUAAACUUUGAGGAAAUUUGCCAUAGCACAAGCAACCAGCCAUUCUACCACCCUAGAGAACCUGAGGAAACCUUUGAUGAUCAUUAUGAUGAGUCCCUCCAUCAGCCAGAGAAGAAGAGGAGGCUCACUUCCACCCAAGUUCAGUUCUUGGAGAAGAGCUUUGAAAUUGAGAACAAGCUUGAACCUGAGAGAAAAAUUCAGCUUGCUAAGGAUCUUGGAUUGCAACCAAGACAGGUUGCUAUUUGGUUUCAGAAUCGGAGAGCAAGGUGGAAGACGAAGCAAAUUGAGAAGGAUUAUGAGGUGUUGAAGAAGAGCUUUGAUGUUCUAAUGUUGAGUCCUUUUGAGUUUGUUCCAUUAUUAGCUAUAUCAAUUCCGUCGAAGCCCAGAAUGAUAUCAGAUGGCUUCAAAAAAUGA